AUCAUUGCACUGCCGCAGCUGGCAAGGCACACUGGUUUUGGCCCCCGCGCGCUCAGCCGCACUUGGCGCAUCGGGCCGCCUUGCCCAGGAUCCUUAGCUCGAUCGCCCUUUUAAGAAACCGAGUUCCCCCACUUGGGGGUCAUGUCGGGUCAAGGUUCAUUGGAAUAAUGGUUGACCCAAUCUCCAUUAUCACGCUGGUGGAACUUUGUCUGAAGACGGGGAAGAAGUUAUGGGACCUUUGCUCCUCAUUCAAGAAUGCCAGGGUCGAUAUCGCCAAGCAGAUUCUGCGAGUGCAGAAUUACUGGAUGCGCGCAAACUUGCAACUCGAAACGGUUAAAAACAUCGCCCAUGAGUUGCACGAGGACCACCGGAAGAUCAUAUACGAGACUAUCGAUAUGCUUAAUGGCAGGCUGAGGGCUGUUGAGAUGAAGAUCGAAUCUGCCAUGAAGAAGGAGCGCAACGGGGGAGAGGCGCAGGUUAGUCGCGUCAGGUACAUGGUGUCUCGACGAAGUAUCGACAUAUCGGUCGACGAGCUCGAGCGAUGGCAGAAUAUGUUUGAUCCAUCUUGGUACCUGGCGAUCAGUCGGGUGGGUUCUCAAGUGGAAAAUGAAUUAUCCGAAUGGAAACAAUCUCCAUUCGAGGAUUGUAGAGUCGCUAUAUCCUCGGCUGAAUCGCUCAGGUCGGCGUUGAGAAUUAGUUCAAACGCCGAGGUGCAUAGAGAGAAAGUUCUUCUUCCAGAAGCAUUCCUCGAGACCCUUGGUACAUUGGAUAUUCCUCUUUCUUCGGCCCAGCUAGGCACGCGUGAAGACAAGGGUCAGAUGCUCAUUAUUGAGAAGGUUCAGCCACUUCCUGGACUCAAUGCAAAUGACCUGGACAAAAACUGCCGGGAUCUCGCACGGCGACUCAUCCGGUCGAAUCCUCUCGAAUUUGGAUUGCUAAGUUGCAAAGGUUACAUGAAACACCGACCUCAACAUUUGAAUCGUGCCUAUGGUGAAUCAUUCACACUCUUAUUCCGAGUCCCCGAUGGAUUCUCCCAGCCUCGGACUCUUCGUAGUCGUCUCAUGGAGUUGAAGCCAACAGAGUCUCUCACCGAUCGGUUCAGAUUGGCGAAUGAAUUGGCCAGAGCUGUCAGUUGUGUGCAUUCAUUCGGAUUCGUGCAUAAGAAUAUAAGACCGGAGACCAUAUUGUUAUUAACAAACACUGAGUCCUUGUCCGAAUCCGCCUUCCUCAUCGGAUUCGACAGUUUCCGAAUGAUAUCAGGCAAAACUCUACGCAAGGGCGAGCUCGCCUGGGAGCGAUGUCUUUACCAACACCCGGACCGAAUUGGGUCGUCCGUCUCGGAGGAUUAUAUCAUGCACCACGACAUCUAUAGUCUGGGUGUAUGUCUGCUGGAAAUUGGUCUAUGGGAGCCUCUUGUUACCUACGAGGAUACGGGUAUGCCGCUCCCCAGAAAUGGCACCCAUUCUCCGGCCGUCAGAGCUUCAUUCUUGCAGGGAGGCGGGGACUCGUACUAUUUCAAGAAUCAGCUCCUCUCCUUAGCUCGAACCGAGCUACAACAAAGAAUGGGUACGCGGUACUCUGAAGUGGUCGUCACCUGCUUGACCUGCCUGGAUCCGGAAAAUGACGAUUUCGGUGAUGAGACUGAAUUCCAAGAUGAGGAUGGUAUCGAGGUUGGUGUGAGGUAUAUCGAAAAGGUCACAAUGCGGCUGAACAGUCUUUGCGUUUAAUAUGCCGGGAUUAUAAUCGUGUUUGGACGAUUUCCUUCCUUGGUGUACCAUGGCUAGAAAAUUGUCUUUCCUUGAGGAAUAAGUAUCGUAGAAGAUCAGAAUCUGGAGUCACAUUAUUGUUUCCAAGCGGAUUUGUAUUCUUGAAUUCUUGAGUCUUUGUUUAGAACGGAGAAAGAGACCCCAUGCUUUCGCAUCUUCUAUUAACGAAGUAUCCCAUCUCCUCUCUUCGAAAAUGACAUCUUCCUAGCCGCGGCUGG